AUGACAGCCGCCUCUAAUACAAUAUGCAGGUCGUUGAGAAGCAGCACACUGAGGCUUCUGAUAGAACUCAAGUCAAGAACGCUUGCAAUGAGGAUCAGGCUCCAUGAAAUAAUCAUUGAAAUGCAGGAGUCUGGGAUUGAUAGAAAUGAGAGGGAGAUCUUUUAUAUGGAUGUGGGUGUGUUCAAAACACAAUCUGCUGUCAAGAGGAUGAUAUCCAGUAUUGUUUUGGAGCUUGAGGUCUCAAGGCAUGAGCUUAGGGUGAAGAAUACGCUCAAGGGGACCUUUAUUGGAAAUCUAACCUUCAUUAAAUGCGGCAGCUUCAGUACAAUCGAGAUAUCUUCAGGGGACAGCAUCCCGCAACUCAUUCCGGACAUGACAGGUGUAAAGGAAGUGCUUUGUAAUUACAAGAGAGUUUUGGUUGUUGAGAAGGAUACAAUAUUGCAAAGAAUAGCCUCAGAGAUUAGGAGGGAAAAGCGCCUUGAGGGGAUGCUGCUUGUGUGUGGAAGAGGAUAUCCCUGCAGAAACACAAUGCUGCUACUGAAAAUGCUAGAGCACAGGACGGCUAUUUCAGGACUCUUUGAUUUCGAUCCAUUUGGUAUCCAUAUCUUCUGUGUCUACAAGUAUGGAAGUAAGGCGAGCCCAGAUAUAAAGGUUAGCACCAUCGAGAGGAUUGGCGUAUGCAUGGAAGAUGUUCUUCGGAGGAACUGCCAUGAAGGCGGGUUUUCAGAGCUAAAUGUAUAUGACUUGAAAAUGAUCGACAGGCUCGCAAAGUUCAAGGACCUAACGGACGACCUGCUGUUUCUGAAGAAAAGUAACAAAAAAGUAGAAAUGGAAGCCUUCUUCAGCAAAACUUCGAAGGAGCUAAGGCAUUUUCUUUGUAAGGUCUUGAGAAGAACAUAA